AUGGCGCAAAGCGAAAAGCGCCGCAACUGGUCGUGGGACGAGGACAAGGUUUUGCUGAUUCAAGCAGCCACAGACAAGCCGUUAGCGGCUGAAACGGGUCAAUUGACGAAAGCGUGGCAUGCGCUGGCGGACACGUUGCUGGCUUGCGACCACUUCACCCGGGUGGUGGAUCACCGUCGUUUCGACAAGGCCUCAGCAAAGCUCUCCGGUGAUGACGAAGAAGAGACGGAGAAGCACAUCCUUCUCGACGACAUUGUUGCUCUCCUCGACGAUGUGAAAGAAAUCGCAUCGCAGAAGACGAGGAACAGCGUGGUCAAAAAAGAGCAGGCGGAGCAAGGAGCCCUAAUUGUGCGGGACAUGGCCAUGCGCACAAUGAAGCGACGCAAGGACAACGAUAGUGACGAGCAGAAGAAGAAGUCAGCCCUCGACAAUCGUCGAAACAGCUUAGCAGCCGCCAUCGAGGCUGAGAGCGAGCGUGAGUUGGUGGUGCGGGAAAAAGAGCUGUCAUUCCAACAGUUUAAACUCCAGUCGGAGAUUAAACAGCGAGAAUUGGAUCGCGAAGAAAGACAAGCGGAGCGUGAACACCAAAUUCUAAUGGCGCGAAUUGACAACGAAAAGAAGUUAAGCAUGUUUAAAGCCUUUGCAGAAAGCAAGAAAUAAGAGUACAUUCUUGUCCAAC